UGUGAAAAGACGGCUCCGCCCUUCUCGAGAUGGCGCUGCACUCAAUGCGGAAAGCGCGUGGGUGCUGGAGGUUCAUCCGGGCACUUCAUAAAGGAUCCGCAGCUGCUCCCGCUCCCCAGAAAGACAGCAAGAAGCGAAUAUUUUCUGGCAUUCAACCUACAGGAAUCCUCCACCUGGGCAAUUACCUGGGAGCCAUUGAGAACUGGGUGAGGUUACAGGAUGAAUAUGACUCUGUAUUAUACAGCAUUGUUGACCUACACUCCAUUACUGUCCCCCAAGACCCAGCUGUCCUUCGGCAGAGCAUCCUGGACAUGACUGCUGUUCUUCUUGCCUGUGGCAUAAACCCGGAAAAAAGCAUCCUUUUCCAACAAUCUCAGGUCAGCUUCUCAGAUUAUAUAAUUAGGUUCAAGUCAGAUUUCAGAUUUCUAACCCUCCUCUCUUUUCACCUCUCACAGGCAAAGACUACCAAGCAGAAGCACGAUGGCACAGGGGCUCAAGCUCACAUACCCAGUACUCCAGGCGGCCAUCUCCAGUUGUACAAGUCCACACACGUUCCUGUUGGGGAGGAUCAAGUCCAGCACAUGGAACUAGUUCAGGACCUAGCAGAAGGUUUCAACAAGAAGUAUGGGGAGUUCUUUCCAGUGCCCAAGUCCAUUCUAACAUCCAUGAAGAAGGUAAAAUCCCUCCGUGAUCCUUCUGCCAAAAUGUCGAAAUCAGACCCUGACAAACUGGCCACCGUCCGAAUAACAGACAGCCCAGAGGAGAUAGUGCGGAAAUUCCGCAAGGCUGUGACGGACUUCACCUCGGAGGUCACCUAUGACCCGGCUGGCCGCGCUGGCGUGUCCAACAUGGUGGCAGUGCACGCCGCGGUGACGGGGCUCUCUGUGGAGGAAGUGGUGCGCCGCAGCGCGGGCAUGGACACUGCUCACUACAAGCUGGCCGUGGCAGAUGCUGUGAUUGAGAAGUUUGCCCCAAUUAAGCGCGAAAUUGAAAAACUGAAGCUGGACAAGGACCAUUUAGAGAAAGUUUUACAAAUUGGAUCAGCAAAAGCCAAAGAAUUAGCAUACCCUGUGUGCCAGGAGGUGAAGAAAUUGGUGGGUUUUCUAUAGGAAGUUUCAACGAAUCACAGCAAGGCUUUUGUGCCUUGCACUCCAUGCAUUCUGAUAACGGCAGCUUUCCUCACAAGAAAAAGUUAUAGUUUUGGGACAUUUAAUUUGGUAUAGCUGAUUAUUGGCUUUAUUUGAUGAAUAUUGCUUUGUAGCUUUGAAAUACGACAGUGUUCCAAACCCCAUCAACAAAAUGCUGUGAACAACAACAAAAAUAAAGAAAGAAAGAAGGCAUAGCUGUCUGAAUCCCCAAUUAUUGAGGCACACUCCUUGGCCUACACAAAUGUGAUUGAGGUAAGGAGUAAUUUGGGAAAUGGAGUGUCAUUUGUGCUUCCUUCUGGAGUGCUUAGUGUAACAGAUGCACACUUUAUCUACUUCAACCCUUUUAUAAAGCAAUAUAUAGAGGUCUUAGAUGUUGAAUCCUUGAGAUGCCAUUUGAUCAGAUGCUAAUUUGUAUUCAGAUCUCAUAAAAACAAGUCCAUUCUUAUAGUUUGUUUGUCACUGAGAUGGUGUCUGAUUUAAUAUAUUUAAGUUGAUUAACUUGUUUUCCAAGAGAUGACACCAACUGUUCCAGCAAUAAUUUGUUUUUUAAUUCAGAGAUAUGGGAUAUGAUCUUCUAAGGAGGUUGCAUUAUUUUGACUUGAUUUAUUUAUUGUACAAGAGCCCAAGUCCCUGAAUUAUAUUCUUAAUAAGUACUUUCUGGCAUUCAUUUCAGUUUAGUCUCACCAACCCCCUAUGAAUUAGGAGAAUUAUUGUCAUUUUACACAUGAGGAAAGUGAGGCUGAGAGAAUCCAAUUAGCUUGUACAAUAUCACUCCAUAAGAGAAGCAAAUCUGAGAGUAAAACCCUUACCCCUUAUUCUUAAGAACAGUGCUUAUUUCAUCAGUACCAAAACAAAAAUGCUGAAAGGUAGCAUUUUUUAGACUCUAAACAUUCUGAUUUUGAAGGUGGGUAUUGGAACGACUGAUGAUGUUUAUAUCAUCAAUUCACCCAAUAGAUGCAAACUUAAAAUCUGGGUUCAGACAACCGUGGUCACAUUUCCCCAUCACAAUCCCCAAGGCAGGUCCCAAGUUCUCUCCUCUAUGCUUAUUGCAGAAACACUUUGAAAUAGGUUCUGCCAGUCUACAACAGCAGUGAAGACUGACAAAUCAGAUAUUCCCAAUGACUGACAGCUUCUCAUCUUGCCUCUACCUCAGUUAAGUAAUAUCACCCUAAAACCUAGCUUUUCUGCCCUUCUAUUUCUGACACCUGAAAAUGAAAAUGAUAAUCCUGACUUACCCACCAAGACCUGUUAGCAAGAUCGAUUUUGUAACAGAAAUUGCUUGUAAGUUUUUUGUCAGUAAGGACCAUGAUCACCAUUUGUACAUACAUAACUAGGUUGUUGAGCAAAGCAUUUUUGCUCAUGUUUCUUAAGGAAGUAGAGUGGUCCUCGUGUCAGAACACAUGUAAAUCCACAAAACACCACAUCUCAGAAUCCAAAUUAAAAGAUCCUUUUUAGGAUUCUUGGAGCUAGCCUAGAUCAUGGGAAAAGGAAACAUUUUGCCUUUUGUAUCUUAUAUUGGAAUGGGAUGUCUAUAAAUCCUAGAACCUCUUUGAGCAUAUUUCUUACUAGCCUCUUUUUUUCCCCUUUAAAGGAAACUUUGAAAGGAUUAUGAAUACUGGAAAAUGACAAAACUAAAGGUAGAUCUAUCAAGCCAA